UGCAAUAAGUGGACAUAAGCUACAUAUGUUUUCUAAAUUUAAAGUUCCCGCUGCUUGCAUUUUUUGGUAUAUUUUUGGGCAAAUUUUACGGUAAAAUACCUAACCUUGAGCGUUGCUGGUCACACUGCAAGUAAAUGGCCCAGAAAGAGAGAGAGAGAGGGAUUCCAAAAUAAAAACAGCAAAUAAAAUUACAAAAUGAACGUGCUUCCGGUGCUGUUGCUGCUUCUGCUAGUAGCUGGAAAUUCAAGUGCAGGCGCAGAUGUAAAGACCCACAAUGCGACAAUCAAUGGAACGACAGCGGGGCCAAUUGCAGUUUCAGGUGCAGAUGCAGGUUCACGUACUGUUAUUCAAAUAGACACUAGCCAAACUCAAGUGAAAUUGACAAACUUUACGGAGCUAACUAAGCAGUUAGAGGCUGACAUAAAGAACACAACGAUGGAGCAUGCAACAAAACUGACACGGAAGGUUACCAACACGGAUACGGUGCAGGCGCCGUUAAACGUGACUUUAACAUCAGCAACAACUGUAAAGCCCAGUUUGGGAGCUAAUGCGACUGUUAGCAAAACGGUCAAUGAAGGCAAGUUGCUAGCUCCUGGCGUAUUGCAAAGUGAUAUAAACAAUAACAACAAAUUAAAGAAGAAGACCAAUAGUAAAAUGACUGCAACUCAAACAGUUGGUGACAAUGGCGCCGCCAGCAACAAAAGCAACAGCAGCAUCGGUUCAAUUAACAGUAACGUCAGCACUACUACAACAACAUCUAGUACUUCUCCUACAACAAGCACAAGUACAACAUCAACGACUACGACUAGUACCACUACAACAACAACAACGACAACCACUACAACGACGCCACGUCCCACAAAGCCCAAGAUAACGUAUAGCACAUCGGAGCAUAAGGAAUGGGAAAAAGAUAUUUAUCUGAAGGCAGCCACAGCGGGCAGUAAUGCAGCUUCGCCUUUGCUGCCAGAGCCAGAACCACCAAUGGUGCAGCCCUCACAGGAGCUAAGCAUGGCCCAUCAUGGCGACAACGAGUUCAUAGUGCCAAUUAUCACCAUUAUGCUUGUGGUGCCGCUGGUUAUAUUUGCCUUUAUAUUUGUGUACAGACGCUUUCGCGAUUUGUGGAGCACCCGCCACUACAGACGCAUGGACUUUCUGGUGGAUGGCAUGUACAAUGAUUGACGAAGGCGCCAGCAUCAGCAGCUGGGUGGCGGUGUAUGCGGUGGUGCUGCCAAUGGCGUUACUAACAGGCGUAGGCUAUAAUGCAAAAAGUCUCCGUAAACAAGCGCAUUUAAUUGAUUAUUAAUUGCUUAAGUUGAUUUUGUUUUUAGUUUGUUUGUUUCUCUUGCAUAAAAUGCAAACUGGAGAGCGGGAAGUGGCAACCAGCGGACAUGAACUGGAAACGUGCAUACAAACACACACACACACACACACACACACACACACACACACACAGGGAGAGAGUAAAAGAGAUGGCACUAUGUUGCGAGCUAAAUAUACACAUUGAUCAGUCAAUUAAACAAAAAUUAUUAAACAAAAUUGAAAGAGAGAGAGAGAGAGAGAGAAAAGAGAAACAAAAUAUUGUACUAUUUGCAUAUACACUUAUGUAUAUAAAUAUGUGUAAUGUAUUAGCUUUAAAGCGCAAUUAAUUGUUAAGCAUAUUUCAAAGCGGCCAAAUUGAUUUUUAUAUAAGCCAAAACAUACAAAAGAAAUUAAAGCGCAAGAUAUUAAUUUUGUAUAAUGCAUAGUUUUUCAAAUUCGGAAAAAUGUAUUUAAAAUUUAAUUUAAGCAAACACACACACACUCACACAGCCGUUUGUAGUUAUGCGGCGACCAAAAUUGUUGGAAACAAUUGAAAAAGAAAAAUCACUUGAAGCGCAAUUAGCAAUCAAUCAUGAAAUUACUUUACAAUAUCUAUUAUAUAUAUAUAUAUACCUAUGUAAACUAUAUACUCUAUAUACUUAUAGCUAUGUAUAACCAUAAUGUGCCUUACAAACUCAGCUCUUAAUAAUGCUGUAUUCCCCAUAUACAUACAUAUGUUAUAUAUUACGAUAUAACACACACUAAGUAGCGGCAGCCAACAAAAUCUGUAAGACUUGCAAAGCUCGCUAAAUAGGCAUUUAGUAAAACGCCCCAUUAAACAAUAAACACCAAGCAAUACAAAGAGCGAAAGCAACAACAACAUUAAAGCAACUUACCAAAAAUAAUAAUAGUUUUUGGAAUAGCCUGCAGUAAAUUAAAAAAAAAUUAAAUACACAGAACGUAGCGCGCAUUAAUUGCACAACGAUUUGUUAAAAACAAAACAAUUACAAUAAAGCAAAUGCAGUGUAGCCCAUAAAAAUUCAAUAA